AUGGGUUAAGGAAUUUACGUAUUCUGUUUUACUUAAUUUUCGCAUUUUAUUUGAUAAAGGAAAACACCACUUGUUGCUUAGCAACCAUAGCGACAACAAAAGGGGCGAACAAAACAAAAAGGGAAAAUUUUCACUAACAGUUAAUUUUUUGGUUGGGAAAAGGAUAACUAAAAUAUAAACUUAAUUUCUAAUAAUAGAAUCAAAUAAAUUUAUGCUUCGAAAAAAUAUAUAUAAUACAAGCCACAUGUUGAUACAAUUUUUAAUUAGUUUAAGCAAGCUGAGCUAAAAAUGAGAAAUGUGAAAGCAGACUGAAUCAGAAUUUCCAUAGUCUGACCAAAUGGUAAUAGGAAGUAUUUAGUAUCCUUCGCCAUUUGCUACCUGGAGCUUUCUGAUUAAAGAAGGUUGUCAAUCCAUGAACUAUCAACUUGAUAAUUUGCGGACCAAAUUUAAUAAUGUCAUUCGACAAAUUAUUAUACAAGUUUGAUGAUCCACACGGGCCUGGAGAUGUUUAUUUUAUAUGGCAAAAGGGAUCGGCCGGCGCACUAUUGGCUACAACUGGCUCAGAUGGCUCUGUGGCUAUAUUCAAUCGCCAAGGACAAUUGGUGGAACGCAUGUUGUUGGCGGGAUUAUGCUCUGGUUUUGCUUGGGAUAAUGGAGGUGAGCUCUUGGGCAUUAUAAAUGCCAGCACUCCCAUCAUAACUAUUUGGGAUUCUAGCUCUCAAAUGAAAACUACAAUAGAGUCAGGUCUGCGUGAUCCACUUACUUGUAUAGUGUGGUCAAAACAAGAACAGGUUCUAGCUGUUGGAACCGCCCGUGGCAACUUGGCUAUUUACAAUCAUCGUUCCGGGAAACGUACACCGAUUUUGGGCAAACACAACAAGCGCAUAACGUGUGGUGCGUGGUCUGCACAGAACCUGCUGGCGUUGGGUUCGGAUGAUAAAAGUUUUUCCUUGAGUAAUGAGGCUGGGGACACUAUGCGAGUAGUGCAGUUGCGUGAUGCGCCCACUGACAUGUACUUUGCGCAAAUGGCUAAUGAGGAACGUACCAGCGGAAGCAAUGGUAGCUUGGGAGAUGUAAAUGGUGGCGGUGGUGAAAAUACGAUUAGCAUGAUUAUAGGCAAGCGUACUCUUUUUCUCUACUAUCUACCCGAGCCUGAUGCGCCGACGGAAUUGGGGUUUCAAAGUCGCUACGGUUCGCUGCUGCAGCACAAAUGGUUUGGUGAUGGUUAUAUUUUGUUGGGUUUCUCAAAUGGACAUGUUGUGGCGAUAUCUACGCAUCCACGUGAUGUUGGCCAAGAGUUAUGGCAGGUUAAAAAUCACAAAGAUGAACUGACUGGAUUAGCGUACUGCCCUGCUUUGGACAUAGUGGCUUCAUGUGGUGAUGAUACCAUAAAAAUCCAUUCCAUUACUAAUCUGCAAGAAACCGAGAAAAUCAUAACCGUACCUGACCAUUCGGGCGUGCAAAUGAUCGACUGGUCCAGUGAUGGGCAAUUACUAGCGGUGACCUCCGUGGCAGGCACAGUUUACAUUUAUGUAACCAAGCUCUCAGUUAUGUACGCUGUCUCUCCACCACGCAUAGCUAUACUCAGCAGUUUAGCGGAGGUAUCAAUUUACGUGUAUACGCCCGAAAAGAAUACUAAGCCAAUACCAUAUCGUCUGAGCCUUUUGGAUGAACCUAGUUGUUUAGCCAUCGGCCCAUUCUAUCUAGCAACCGGUCUCGAUAAUCAUGUUUGGUUUUACGACUUGGGCAAGACGCUGGGCGAUCAACCGCAAUUACUCAGUGAACGUGAUUUUCCUGCUCCGAUUGUCGAUUUUAAAUUGAAUGCUGAUUACUGCGCCGCCUUAUGCAGUCCGCGUGUGCUUUUGCAGGCAGUUGUCACCGAUAAUCCAAAUGUUAAGGAUAAAUUGUCACAAACAUUCCCAACCGCGCUGGCAGGACUCAAUGAUUCAGUAAUCACGUGUUUCUGUUUGACGCAGGAAUUUUUGAUAUUUGCUACAGAUCUUGGUCAUCUUAUCUACUUUUCACUGGAUAAAUGGGAUGUUUGCACAAAGUACUGUCACAACAUGGGUAUUAGAAAGAUAUUUUCCGAUACUGAGGGUACAAAAAUGAUAUUUGUUGACGAACAUGCACAGGGAUAUGUAUUUCUACCGGCUUUGGAGGAUACAGUCAUUAUAUCAGAUUUUCCAAAAAAUUGCGAGGGUUGUUUAUGGGAUGUGGCACAACAGCACGUUUUUAUAACGUUCGAUACUAAAUUGGUGACUACUCAUGUGUUCGUGCGCUAUUCUGUCCAAGGCAAACAUACACUUAAGAUUGGCGAAAGUAAAUUGAAUCCUGCUCAAGUGCCGCUAAUGUUGUGUGAUGGCGAGAUGGUAAUGCAUAUUGAUGGCGGUCAAUAUGCUACGCAAUCGCUAUCCACGCAUCUAGUUACACCGAGCAUAAGUCCUAGCGGAAAUCUAAAAACACUCUUGAAUCUCAAAAACUAUGUGGAGGCGUACAAGACUUGUGAACGCAUGAAUGCACGUUCAGCGUGGUUGGAGUUUGGCGAGCAGGCAAUUGCUGAUUUAGAGCCGGAUAUCGCCCUGCGCGCAUAUCGUCACACUGGCGAUGCUGCUAUGGUCGGCGCUUUGGAGAAUAUGCGUUACAUUGAAGAUGUGGCCAUGCUUACUGGUUUCUGUUGCCUGUUGUUAGGGAAAUAUGAGGAGGCAAAGGAGUACUUUUUACGCGGCACAUACACCAAGGAAGCGCUUGAUAUUUGUCGCGAUUUGCUGCAGUGGGAGCAAGCAUUACUGUUGGCGCAUAAGUUUGAGCCAGAUGAGGUGCCAUUUAUUGCACGGGAAUAUGCCCAACAGUUGGAAUUCACUGGAAAUUAUGCUGACGCACUAUAUCACUAUGAAAAGGGUUAUAAGGAGGAUCUCAUUAACGACAAUGAAGAGCAAUUAAUGAAUGCCUCGCCAGAGUAUGAGGAGCAUGUGCGGCAAUGUAAAAUGGGUAUUGCACGUACAUCUAUACGGGCAGGGGAUUUCCGACGCGGCAUUCAAUAUGCCGUCGAACUGAACGACAAACAAUUGCUUUAUGACUGCGCCGAGUUAUUGGCCACAGUCGGUCACUACACCGAAGCCGCUGGCUUGUAUGAGCGUGGCGAAUACUUCGAUGAGGCUUGCAGCCAUUAUAUCAAUUUGAAAAUGUGGAAUAAAGCAAACCAAAUACUACCGCAAGUGCUAAGUACCAAAUUGCAUGCCGCCUACGCUAAAGCCAAGGAGGGCGAUGGACAAUAUGAAGAGGCUAUUAAUAGUUAUCGCAUCGCUGGUGAUCUGGACGCCUGCGUGCGCAUAUAUCUGGAUCACUUAUGCGAUCCGCAUGCCGCCUCUGAGAUUGUGCUCGAAUCACGCUCCAUGGAAGCUGCAAAGAUGUUGGCGAAAUUCUAUCAGAAAAUAGGUGAUAUUGAGCAGGCGCUGCAGUUUCUAGUCAUUUGCGGUUGUGUGGAGGAGGCUUUCGCAUUGGCUCAGCGACACAAUAAGCUCAAACAACAUGGCGAAUUGUUGCAGCGCUACGAGAAUGCCAAAUCAAGCGAUUAUCUGGCAUUGGCGCAUUACUUUGAAGCCGAGAAGUAUACGUUGCUGGCAGGAAAGUAUUAUUUCUUGGCGCGUGAAUUUAGUAAGGCUUUACGUUUUCUGCUGAAAGCAUCUGCAUUCAGUAAUGAGGAGUCUCAAGCGCUCUCGCUGGCUAUUGACUGUGUAGCCACCUCGAAUAAUGAGCAGUUGGCCACACAAUUAAUUGAAUUUCUGUUGGGUGAAGUGGAUGGUGUGCCGAAGGAUCCACGCUAUCUCUUUCGGCUGUAUAUGGCACGCAAGCACUACAAGGACGCGGCAAAGACGGCUGUUAUUGUGGCAAAUCAGGAGCAGCUAGCUGGCAAUUAUAAGACUGCACGUGAUAUGCUCUUCUCGAUGUAUCAGGAGUUGCGUCGUAAUAAUUUGGCAGUCUCUGCUGAUAUGCGACACAACUUGAUUUUGCUGCAUCGUUACACUUUGGUGCGCACACACGUGAAGCUGGGCAAUCAUCUGCUGGCCGCCAAAUUGCUAGUACAGGUUGCCGCCAACAUUUCACAAUUUCCAGAACACAUUGUGCCCAUACUCACAUCGACUGUUAUCGAGUGUCAUCGCGCAGGCCUUAAGAAGUCCGCCUUCCUUUACGCUUCGAUGCUGAUGCGUCCCGAUUAUAGGCAUCAGUUGGAUCCACGCUAUACAAAAAAGAUCGAGUCUAUCGUACGUAAAGCUCCGAAAGGCAUCAAAAUGCUAAGUGAUGACAUCGACGCUGAGACAAUGGAAUGCCCGAUAUGCGGCGCCAAUUUACCAAAUAUGGAAGUGACUUGCCACAGCUGCAAGACAACACUGCCCAUUUGCAUAGCCACGGGUCAACAUAUCAUUAAACAACAGAUGACCUCGUGCCCGGAAUGCGAUUUUCUUUGUUUUCGUGCGGAAAUGGAAAAAAUACUUUCUGAACUGAAUGCGUGUCCGAUGUGUGGGGAACAUGUGGCACCAGAACAGCUGCUAGAUGUCGAAGAUAUACGUCCUUAUAUAUUGGCGUCGUCCUAGUUGUGUGCACUUUUUAUAGUAACUUUUUAUUUUAAGUUACACAAAUAUAUGCAUAGUUAUUGUAGUUUUGUUUUAAAGCGCCCGUUAAUUUGCACGAGAUUGUAUUGUAAUUUAUAUAUGUGUAUAUAUACGUGUUUGGUAUAAUAAAAUCAAUCACCUGCAGCUCAACGUUUUUAAUGUGACAAAUCAUGCAUAUCAGUACAGCAAAAUUUAACGUCGUAUUGGCAUGACAUGACGGGCAAGGCAAAGAAAUCGUAAGACCUUGUGAUGUCUACUACAGCUGCAGCUACAGUAAAGGAGUGCAGAAUU